UGGCUGUUAGGGGCAUCCGAGAGCGGCGAUUGGCUGUCGCUAGCCGUCGCUCAGGCGCCCUCCCGGAGAUGGUCCGAGGUGGGAAGAGGGCAGCCGGGACCCGGGAGCGAGGGUCGUCAUUUUGGCGACGCUUUUUCUUGCAGCUCAGCCACUCUGGUCUGCCUGGCGCCCGCAGUGCCCCCGGCCCCGAACCCCGACUCGACCCUCCCUGCCCGCUCGUCUGGGCCUUCGCUGCGGCAGAGACGCGGUCACCGCCACGCCUUAGGGGUUGAAGGCCAUGUCGACCCCUGGGAAAGUGGCCCGGAAGGAGAACCUGGAGCUGCAGUGUGAGUGGGGGGCCUGCUCGUUUGUGUGCUGGGCCAUGGAGGAGUUCUGCGAGCACAUCACCCAGCACCUGCAGCAGCAUCUGCCCGCCUCCCGCUCGGGCUCCGGGGAGGAGGAGGAGGAGGACCUGCUGGAGGAAGAAUUCUCCUGCUUGUGGCAGGAAUGUGGCUUUUGUUCUCUGGACAGUUCUGCUGACCUCGUCCGCCAUGUCUACUUCCACUGCUACCACACGAAGCUGAAGCAGUGGGGGCUGCAGGCCCUGCAGAACCAGGCCGAACUCAGCCCCUGUGUCCUGGAUUUCCAGAGCCGCAACCUCCUCCCGGACAUCCCUGAUCACUUCCUCUGCCUGUGGGAGCACUGCGAGAGUUCCUUCGACAAUCCUGAGUGGUUCUAUCGGCAUGUGGAGGCGCACACCCUGUGCUGUGACUACCAAGCGUUUGGCAAGGACAACCACGUGGUGCUGUGUGGCUGGAAAGGCUGUGCCUGCACCUUCAAAGGCCGCUCUAAGCUCCGAGAGCACCUCCGCAGCCACACCCAGGAGAAGGUGGUGGCCUGCCCCACCUGCGGGGGCAUGUUCGCCAACAACACCAAGUUCUUCGAUCACAUCCGUCGCCAGACCUCAUUGGAUCAGCAGCGCUUUCAGUGCUCUCACUGUUCCAAGAGAUUUGCCACGGAGCGGCUGUUGCGGGACCACAUGCGUAACCAUGUGAACCACUAUAAGUGCCCUCUGUGUGACAUGACCUGUCCGCUGCCAUCCUCCCUCCAAAACCACAUGCGGUUUCGCCACAGUGAGGACCGGCCCUUUAAAUGUGACUAUUGUGACUACAGCUGCAAGAAUCUGAUUGACCUACGGAAGCACAUCGAUACCCACAGCAAGGAGCCAGCAUACAGGUGUGAUUUUGCAAACUGCAGCUUCAGCGCCCGGUCCCUCUGCUCUGUCAAGUCCCACUACCGAAAAGUGCAUGAGGGAGAUUUAGAGCCAAGGUACAAAUGUCAUGUGUGUGACAAGUGCUUCACAAGGGGCAACAACCUCACGAUGCACCUUCGCAAGAAGCACCAGUUCAAGUGGCCCUCAGGGCAUCCCCGUUUUCGGUACAAGGAACAUGAAGACGGCUACAUGCGGCUGCAGCUGGUUCGCUACGAGAGUGUCGAGCUGACCCAGCAGCUGCUGCGGCAGCCCCAAGAGGGGUCAGGCCUGGAAGCAUCUCUCAGUGAGAGCGGCCUGCAAGGCAUCCUUCUGGAAACAGUGUCAGGGGAUCCAGGACCCAAGCACGAAGCUGAAGACCAAGAGGAGGGAGGGGGGCGGAGAGGACAGCCCUCAGCCUCUCGGGACCUCCACUCCAUCACCCACCUGGUGAAUCAGACCAAUGCCCAAGGCGCGAGCAGGCGAGCGAUUGUCCACUGUGUGCGGUCGGAAGCCCCAGGAGAAUCCCCUGCGCCCCAGCCCAGCCCUCAAGCCCUCCUCUGGGUCAUUGUGGAAAAAUUUCAGGAAAUAGCCAAGGAGCCAGAAGUCCAGAUGGUAUGGAAGCUGCAGAACCUGACCAUUCCCACCCCAGGCUCCGGGGUUUGAGCUGGGCAGGUGGCAGCACCCCCAGUGGGUGGCCCUUGCUAAUGGAUGCCUUUAGCAGCGGUCCCGGUAGCAGUGUGGUCCACUCUGGACCCAACUUGCAUCAUUUGGCAGACUCGAAGCAGACCAUGUUUUGUGGGGAUCCUGAAGAGUUUGGAUACUUUGAGGAUUUUGGAUCCCUGGUUGUGUGUGUUCUUGCGGGGGGGCUAAUAGGCUUGACUGUAUCUCCUGGACAUGAUGGAGCAGUGAUUAAAAUCCUUAGGUAACUUGCAUCCAUUCCCAUCUCUAGGCGUCCUUAGGCCCAGGGGGGUGACAUGUAAUUGGUUCCUGCAAGGGCCCUUUCCUCACAGCCAGCCAAGGCACUGUGAGUCAGGCAGCCUUUUUCCUCUGAAAGGUUCCUCCUACAACCCCAAGGACUUUCAUGCUUAUCCUCAGGGAUGGGAUUGGGCGCACUGAGUGUAUGUGUAACAGUUGUUUUUGGUAAUAAACACUUGGGCUAUUA